AUGUCCAAACCUUGUAUCACUCAUUUUAUGAUAGGCAUGCCAAAAUAUAAGGCCAACACUGUGUGGUGGGACAGCUCUUCUAUGUACAUCCGCUGCCCACACUGCGACAAGAUCCAUCGACAUGGUUUUGAUGGGAACUACCACGCUAAACAUCGCCGCGUACCCCAUUGCGAGUCCUGUGAGACUUACACGAUUUGUUUCCCUUCCGAUGGUCUCUAUGAAAUCGACAGGAGCAGGGGUUUGUACGUGCGUGCAGGAGCCGACCCCGCCGCGUACUUUGCGCAGUUCGAGCCUGCACCUAAGGUGGACGUAAGUGACCGACGCAAGUGGACUGAGGCACAGGAGGAAGCCGAGCUAGGCGGCCUCGACCUUGAACCUAUUCGCGUCAACAGACUGAAAUUAACUGUCUCCGAGAUGAUUACAGGUGGAUUAGAGACAGUUCGCUCCUAUCUUGAAACAUCUCAGGAGAAGGACAUUUUUCUCCAUGGCGUGCAGGCUUUCACUUAUCGUCAUCCCACUAUUGACGAUGGUGAUGCUAGUCAGAACAUUCUCAAAGACGACCCGGAUGGAAACCACGAGACCACUCGAACAGAGAAAGAGAGAACCAUAACGUCCGGGGAAACUGCACUACAUAUGGCUGCUUGUGAGAUGUAUCCAGAAAUGGUCAAAUUGCUCCUUGACUUUGGUGCUGAUCCGAAUGUGAGAACGGUUGACGGACGAACGCCGCUAAUGGAAGCUGCGAUCUGGGGACGCUUGGAAAAUGUGAAGUGCUUGCUUUCCCACGGAGCUGAUAAGUCCAUUACAUGCAUGCGAGAAGGGAAAUCGUUACGCGCUAUCGACUUUGCUGCAGAUACUUGGGGGAAUAGCGAAGAACGAUACGACCGGUCUGGCGGCAAGGAUCAGGUUUAUAAGGAGGUGACGCACAAAAGAAAUCAGGACCGUAUGGCAAUCGUUCGGGAGCUCUCUGAUGAGGCUGGAGAGGUAGAAAGUCGGAACACAGAGACCUUGUCACAUCUCAACGGGUUCGCCCUUACAACCUUACGUGAUGGGGGGAGUAUCAUUUCUUUACUUGCCAACUUUGACGUACCCAACAGACAUAAGACCAUUGGCAUCCUCUUCAGAGGUGAUACCAUUGGCGGGCCUGGUUUCCCGCCCGUGGCUGCGAUGAGUGGUUGGAAGCACCAGUCAGACCCGGAACUUAAUGUUCAGAUUGAGGGAAGAACAUGGACAGAUGAGGUCCUUCGCCUCUGUCGAAUCGUUGGCCACCACCUACCUGCGGAUGAAAAAGAUCAAGGCAGACCCGGGCAGUUUAAGGCAUGCCACGCAGAGAAGCAAUUGACGGCUUACUUUGUAAGCAAACAUGUAUUUCUUCCCCAAGAUUUGGCUGUGGAUGACUUUGGAAUGUCAAGCUUAUCUCUUGAUACGUCGCAAAGUGACUGCGAGCACCAAGAUACGCUUAACGAGCUUCAAAAAGUACAACCCCCUGAGAGACUUCAGAAAGGGAUAAUUCUUGCUUCUCGUGCGGUAUGUCAGGACUGUAAUGACUUUAUCGAGAAAGUCAAUAUGGCGCUUGGAUUAAUGAUAGAGUUUCGUGGAGUCAAGCAGUACUCUUGA